AUGGAGAAUCCAAAGUCUCAAGGUAUUGGUUUCCCAACUGGUUUAUCGUUAAAUAGCGUUGCGGCUCAUUUCACACCAAAUGCUGGUGAUAAAACAGUUUUGAAAUAUGAAGACGUGAUGAAAGUCGACAUUGGUGUCCAAGUCAACGGUUAUAUCGUUGAUUCUGCAUGGACAGUUGCCUUCGACCCCCAAUAUGACAAUCUAUUAACAGCUGUUCGUGAAGCUACCUAUACAGGGAUCAAAGAGUCCGGUAUUGACGUCAGAUUGACAGAUAUCGGUGAAGCUAUCCAGGAAGUGAUGGAAUCAUAUGAAGUGGAAAUCAAUGGUGAAACGUUCCAAGUCAAACCAUGCAGAAAUCUAUGUGGUCACAGCAUUGGACCAUACCAGAUCCAUGCAGGGAAAUCGGUACCCAUUGUUAAAAACGGUGAUGAAACCAAAAUGGAAGAAGGUGAACAUUUUGCUAUCGAAACUUUUGGCUCGACAGGUAGAGGUUACGUAUUUCCAGGUGGUGAAGUCUCACAUUAUGCUAAGAACCAAGGACAAUUGCCAAAACCAGCAUCAGCAAACGCAAGAAACUUAUUAAAAGUUAUCGAUGACAAUUUUGGAACAUUGCCAUGGUGUCGUCGUUAUCUAGACAAAUUGGGACAAGAGAAGUACCUUUAUUCGUUGAAUCAACUGGUAAAAGAAGGGAUAGUGCAAGACUACCCACCAUUGAACGAUAUCCCAGGUUCAUACACUGCACAGUACGAACACACCAUCUUAUUACAUCCACACAAGAAAGAAGUUGUUUCCAAAGGUGAGGAUUACUAA